CCCCACCGUUCCCUUCCUCCACGCUUGUCAUCACCAACGAUUCCACUCGAUUACUCUGUUCAAGUGUAUAAGUCGACAUGAGGCCGGAUCCUGCUGUGCUGGAAGUUCUAUCUCUAUCUGAAGGGAAUGUGACCGUGGAAGACCAUGGUGGUGGUGGUGGCUCUUCCUCCGCGUCAACAUCGAAGAUUAUCUCAAAACAAGACGACGGCACUAAGCUGGAAUACUUCAUGAAAACAGGGUCCGGCAAAGAUGCAGAAAUAAUGUUCCAAGGUGAACACGCAUCCCUCAACGCAAUCAACGCCGUGGUCCCGUCUCUGUGCCCUAAAUCCCACGGGAGCGGCCCAUUCUCCUCCGACGCAAAUACUUUCUUCCUCGUAACGGAUUUCCUGAAUCUUUCUGCUCGCAGCAAUCUUUCGGCAGACGAUGAACCGGCCUCUCUCGCGGAGAAACUUGCUCAGCUACAUACUACCCCGGCGCCCAUUCCUGACGGCUACGACAGUCCUAUGUUUGGCUUCCCCGUGCCCACAUGCUGCGGUGAUACUCCGCAGGACAACACCUUCAACGCCUCCUGGGCUGAUUUCUACGCCAACAGCCGGCUGAGGUUCAUUCUUGAGCGGGCAGAAAGUGCGAAUGGUGUUGAUGACGAGUUGAGGCGUAUGCUCGAGACGGUUGCUUCCAUUGUCGUACCACGGCUGAUUGGCGACGAGCAUUUGAACGGUGGCAGGGGCGUAACUCCAGUCGUUGUACACGGCGAUCUAUGGUCGGGUAACGCCGGGAGAGGGAGGAUAGGAGACGAUGAUGUGGUGCAAGAGGUUGUGUAUGAUCCCUCUGCGUGCUAUGCACACAGCGAGUAUGAAUUGGGAAUCAUGAAGAUGUUUGGGGGUUUUGGGGACGUGUUUUUGAGGGAGUAUCAUAGGGCGUGCGCGAAGACGGAGCCGGUGGGCGAGUAUGAGGAUCGGGUAGAGUUGUAUGGAUUGUAUCAUCAUCUGAACCAUUAUGCGUUGUUUGGAGGUGGCUAUAAGGCUGGGGCAAAGGCGAUCAUGAAGAGGCUUAUUAGGACCUAUGUGCAUGAUAAAGCGUGAGUGAACUUCGGCAAUAGGAACUAGGUUACCGGAGCUACUGUCGAGUAGGUCAGCUUGAAGAGUUUGGUGAAGUCGAUACCAGGUGCGCACCGCCUGUCGAAGAAACAGGAAUAGCUCCAAUACGAAAGGUCUCUGACUGUUUUCAUAAUAAAGAGAUGACAGGAUGCAGUGG